AUGAUUAAUAAUGAUAUAAACUCGAAAAGAUCAGGAUCAACAGAUUCCUUGAACAACGAUUCUAGUUAUUCAAAAGAAUUUACAUUUUUGCCCAAUGAAACCUUCCAAGAGAAGAAUGAAGUAACUUACAUCUGUCCAUUUUAUGGACCAACAAGAGGUGUUCUCAUCAUAACAAAUUACCGCUUGUUUUUCAAGUCAUAUCCAACAGAAAAAGAAGCUCAAAGUCAAAUUCUGGAUGUUCCAUUGGGCGUUGUUUCGAGAAUAGAAAAAGUCGGCGGUGCUAGUUCCAGAGGUGAAAACUCGUACGGAAUCGAUAUAUUAUGCAAGGAUAUGAGAAAUUUACGCUUUGCACACAAGCAAGAAAAUCAUUCGAGGAGGACUGUCUUUGAGAAGCUCCAAAAAUUCGCAUUUCCACUCGCCCACAACAUUAAACUCUUUGCCUUUUGUUAUUCAGAGAUUUUUGCUGAGGAUGGAUGGACAAUUUAUGAGCCAAUUGCUGAAUUUCGUCGAAUGGGAUUAGGCACAAAUGCCAACAUUGAAUGGAGAAUCACAAAAAUCAAUCAAGUUUAUGAAUUAUGUGAAAGUUAUCCAGCAGUAUUGGCAGUUCCAAGAGCCAUUACAGACGAAGAUCUAAGAGCUGUUGCUAACUUCCGUUCACGAAAUCGUUUGCCAGUUUUAUCUUGGAUUCAUCCACAAUCAUUUGCAACAAUAACUCGUUGUAGUCAGCCACUUUGUGGAGUGUCUGGAAAGAAAUCAUCCGAAGAUGAAAGCUAUAUUAAUGCUAUUAUGGACACAAAUGCACUGUCGCAUAAAUUGACUAUCACUGAUGCUCGUCCAUCAUCAAAUGCAGUUGCAAAUCGAGCAAAAGGCGGCGGAUAUGAGUCAGAGGAUGCUUAUCAGAAUGUUGAGUUAAUUUUUCUUGACAUCCACAAUAUCCACGUCAUGCGAGAGAGUUUGAGAAAAUUAAAGGAAAUAUGCUUUCCAGCAACUGAUGAUCCGAAGUGGCUAUCAGCUGUUGACAACACAAUGUGGCUUAAACAUAUUAAAUGUAUCUUGACUGGAUCAAUUCGCAUUGUUGAUCGCAUUGAGAACUUGAAGAAUUCAGUCGUUGUUCAUUGCAGUGAUGGUUGGGAUAGAACUGCACAGUUGACAGCUUUAGCUAUGCUAAUGUUAGAUCCAUAUUAUCGUACAAUCAAAGGUUUUGAAGUGUUAAUAGAGAAAGAAUGGUUAAGUUUUGGACAUAAAUUUCAGCAAAGAUAUGGACAUGGAGACAUUAAUCAUUCAGAUGCUGAUCGCUCGCCAGUUUUUAUACAAUUCAUUGACUGUGUAUGGCAAAUAAGCAGACAAUUGCCAAUGGCUAUGGAAUUUAAUGAGCACUUCCUGAUAACAAUCCUUGAUCAUCUUUAUUCCUGUCGUUUUGGAACGUUCCUAUGCAAUACAGAGAGGGAAAGAGUUCAUGAAGUUAAAAGAAAUACAGUCUCGUUAUGGUCAUGGAUUAAUGCAUCAUUAGAUCUUUAUAGGAAUCCACUUUAUGGAGGGUUUGUUAAUUCAUCUCAAACUCAAACUGUUCUUAAGCCAAUUGCUAGUAUGCGUCACAUACGAUUAUGGAAAGGACUUUAUUGUCGAUGGAAUCCAUCAAUGAGGACCGAAGAUCCAGUUUAUCAGAGAACUCGUGAGCUUUUAGCACUACAGGAUCAGUUGAAAAGACAAGUUGACGAGAUUAUUGAGUGCAAGAAUGAAUCAAAUAAUAAGAAUACUAAUCAGUUGUCUCGAUUGUCGUCUCCACUACACUAA